AUCGGGAAAUCCGUUUCGAUCUGACGGACUGGGAAAACCCAGUGGUUAAUCAAUUUAUGAACUCAAUCAAUGGAGGGGUUCAUAGCAGAUUGAUCGUGACCACGACAUUGAUAACAGGAGACAACUCUGCUGUUUUGAUUUUGUUCUGAAUUCUGUAUUAAGGUGUUUUGAGGACCACUCCUCACCAUGGUGCUGAUAUUUGACGGGCAACAUUGCGAGUGCGGCUUCGUGGGUCGCACGAAACAGCUACAAACAGCAGACAGGGCGUGGGAAAACGGGAAGCAACUCUUUGGUAUCUACGGAUUCAAAAGUGUUGGAAAGACACGAUUUGCAAAGGAGAUCAUCCUGAGGCAUUGGGACAGUGGAAUAAACUUGUGUCAGUUGGACGCCAAGGGUAUCAAGUCCUUGAAUGAGUUUAUUAUUCACGUCACUACUGGUGUGAGCCUUGUUGAGCCUACGACUACCGCUAGUUGGAUUCAUGUGGUUUGCCAGUGUCUAAAGAAUCGGACUGGAGACAAGGGCGUCUUGGUUGUCUUCAUUGAGAAUGCUGAAGACGUUGAUACCCUCCCAGAGGUAAAGUCUGCAUUCCUCAAGCUUUGCCAGGAACUUGUCAAAGCGUCAACGCGUAUCAAAGUCAUAUUCACCUCUUCGACACGAUUCCGUUUCGGCGAGGUGAACAAGGUGUCUCAAUCGAUCGAUGUGCCUGAGCUGCAACCUGAGGAAUCCAAGACACUGUUGAGGGAGGUCGUGGAUACCGAGGUCGAUUUGGGAGAAUACGAGGACAAGAUUGUUGAGCUUUGCUGCGGCCUUCCAUUGGCUAUUCAGAUCGCAGGUUCUGAGUUGACGGAGGAUGGACAGCAGCUAACCCCCAAAGACCUUGUCACUUUGUUGACGAUGUCCAAGUUGGACCCGCUGAGCAGGGAGCAUUAUGCACAAGAGGAGCAGAUGCGUCACGUUAUAGGAGGUUCCAUUGACAGACUUAGUGACAUCUUCCAGCAGUACUAUAGAUCUGUCAGCUACAUCCCUGGAUCAUUCACACAGGAGGCUGCCACAAAUAUCCUAGGAUUUGAUAACACAGCUGUUGGCAUCGACAAGGCCAUGAUACCUCUCCACCGGCGCCAUCUUGUGUCUUUUGAUUCAAGCACCAGACGCUACGACAUUAACCCGAUGCAGAGGGAGUACUUAAUGGACAAUAUCACAAUCAGGGACAUUCUAGGUGUCCGAACAAGGUAUGCCAAGUUCUUCAGUGACUGCCUAAUACGACUGCAGAAAGUGGUUGAUUCUAAGGACUCGGGCAAGGCACUUAUACCCCUCAACCUGGAACUGAAGAACUUCAGGAAACUUCUUGAGGACGCUGCACUCUGUGGAAAGGAUGGAACUUAUGAUGUGUUUGUUAGGGCUGCAAUGGAGGCGACUUUCUUGAUAUUGUACUAUAUGCCAGAUCAAAGUGUCUCCUUCUACGAGGUCAUGUUGGACACGUGCAGGGAGCAUGGCUCUAAGUACGAGACUGGUGUCCUGAUGUCCAUAUUUGGAGAGAUCUUGUCUGAGCAACAGGGGGACUAUCUGAAAGGCUUGGAGUGGUAUCGCCUCGCUAAAACCAAGCUCCGUCCUCAUGGAAACAGUAGACGUCUUGCAGAGAUCUAUCAACACAUUGGAUGGUAUUACUAUGUCCAUGGACCAGGCAGCAAAGCAGUCAAGAACCAUCUCAAGUCCUACAUGAUGUUACUUGCCCUUGGCUUAGAAGACGAUCUCCAGACAGCUAGGGUGAUGAACUGUCUUGGAAUAGCUUAUGUUGCUAUGGGGAAUGCCAAGGAGGCAGAGCAGUACCACACACGAGGUUUAGCCAUCCGGUUGCACCACCUAGGGGAGAAGCAUCUUACUAUUGCCAUGCAUUACAAUAACAUCGGCCUCAUGUACGAUCUCAAGGAAGACUACGAGAAAGCCCUUUACUACUUUGAGAAAGGUUACCAGCUGAAGAAAGAACUCAUUGGACCAAGCAAGACGGUGAUCAUUUCUAUGAGGAAUUUGGGACUCCAGUACAUAAGGAAGAAGGAGUAUAAGAAGGCCUUGGAACUGGCUGAGGAGAACUUGGCAACAUUUGAACAAGUCGCAAACAGGGAUAAGAAUACCAGAGUAAACAUUCUUGAAAUUCAGAGCAUUGCGUAUGUCGAGACUGGGGAGUAUGCACUGGCUGAGCCGCUGUUGCGUGAGAUGUAUGAGGUGAAGAGGGUGGCGACUCCUGGCCAUUCAUACAACAGGAUGAUCCUGAAAUACCUUGGGCGUGCACUUAGAGGGCAGGGAAAGUUUGUUGAGGCUGGAGAGGUUCUUCUUGAGGCCUAUGGUAUGGGUAGGGCUGAGGGCCCUGGUGGGUUUGGACCCCUCGAGUUUGAGGUUCUUCAAGAGUUAGGGAAGCUAGGCAUUGAUACUUGUGAUAGGGUCAGUGCCAAGGGGUACUUUCAAAAAGCAGUGGAUGAAAGACACAGGUGGGGAGAUUACAACCUUAAACAGGACAAAGUCGCAGUGGCUCAGGAUGCGUUUCAAGACAUGAUGGAUUUGGUCAGAAAAGUUGAAGGAGGAAGGUCCGCAAUUGCCCUGUCAGUACCCAAACCUUGCUGUCAAGAUGAUGGUGUCUGCUGCAUUAAGAUGUUUGGGAGGCAACCAAAAGGCUUCGUAAAUGAAACUCUCCCCAAGUCACUGAACACGUCAACUGAAGGUUCUCCUGCACCUGGAGUCUGGAUGACUGAGAAUACCCUUCCAAUCUAUGUCCCACCAAAGACCUCUGGUCCAAUCUUUGAUGCGACAAAGAAACACCAAAGAAACCCUUUUGGAGAAACAGAAUCUGAUAAGAGGGGCGUCAUGCACCCUCAGGAUCAAAGCAGAAUGGGCACAGUUAGGACCUUUGGUCAGAACAUUAUUUCAAGCCCCCUCGACGUCCCUUCACUGGGUUCCCAAACGAUUCCCUCAAACUCUCCUAGCAACAACCCCCAAGAUCAAAUUCAGAAUCACUCCUCACUCAUUCGACCAAACCUGCCUUCUGCUCAGGUUGUCUACUCUCCAAGAGCUCAUACUGGUACACCUCUGCCAGAACCAUCUGCUGCCUUCAACUAUGUUCAGUGUCCUAUUCCUGGGAAUGGUUUUCCCAGCUAUCAAGCGUCCACACCACUUCCUACACAAACUAGCACUGACGAAAAGGCCCCUUUCCUAUCGUCUGGUAUGUUUGGUCAGAACCUUGCAAGUCCUGCAAGUCCCGAAGGACCAAAUGCUCCAACUCCUCUACCCAAACAAACCAGUGCUGAUGAUGACAAAGCUUCUACAAUGGAUUCAGGUGUCUUCAGACAGAAUCAAACUAAUGGAGCAAGUUCUGGAAUACACAAUGCACAAACUCGUCUCCCGCAGCAAUGCAGUGCGGAGGAAAAGGCCCCCACCUUAGAGUCUCUGUCUCUGUCCACCGAGGCCAGCAUUGCAAAGGUUGAUAGUGUGAUUAUCAGGCAACAUUCAGAGGCGGUGGUGAGUUCUCCCGAGGAAUGUUCUUUAGAUGAUGGGAUGAGGCGUGUGCAUGGUGUGUUUGGUCUUCCAUCUGGUGGUGCACCAACACAACUUAAUGCUGGGGUGAAUCAGGAUACAGUUCCAAAACAACUCCACAACUUGGGUGUUGGCGAAGAAAGUUCAGAAAGUGGUGGUCCAGGUCAGCAGUUUGUUGUAGGUUCGACUCAUCAACCACAUAUUCACAUUCCACAACCCCAGUAUUCAAUACCGCAUGGCCAAGACCAGCAUCGAGCAAAUCAGGGUGGUCAUCACCCUUUGAUGUCCGAGGGACUGAGAAGCCGAUCUCUUGAAGAAAGGGGCAGCAUGUCACAGCAAAUAAACCGGCCACGUUCCAUGUCUGAAGGUCUCCGAACCCACCAACAGCACACCCUUCGGCACCACCCCAGGGAAGAGGACGAGGAACAUCCACGCUUGAGAUUUGCAAAAUCAGCAUGUAUGCAGCAGCAGCAGCAGUCCCUAGAGGAGGGUGGAGCCAUGACCGAUGUGGACUUCUUAUAUCGUCAAGGCUCCUUAUCGGAGUCCCUCAGCAGUGAUUGCUUUGAAGAGGGCGAGGGUCUUCUCUGUCAUCCACCACGGACAUCCUGGCACCCUCCAUCAGGAUUUCCAAGCCUGAGCACCCCAAGCCCAACUACACUGAGUCCAAACAUAGGAGGAGUUGGCCAAGGACAGUACCCUGCACGCAAUGAGCAGAAUCGGUCUCACUGUGUCAUCUACAUGGAAUAAAGUGACUUGAUGGUACCGGAUCUGACAAAUGAGAUACAAUUCGAAAAGAAUAUUUUGGGAUUUCCCCAGCAAAGGCUACUGGACAACGGGGAACAUCUAGGUCUUGAAUACAGGAUUGUUUAGACACGCCAGAUUUGCCCAGUCAUCUAGCAACUGUUCUUUUCAUAGAUCUUAGGUGCUUAAUUAUUGGCUGAUGUUUAAAUCAACGUUUCUUAUAGAUGUUCCAAUAUUCUAAUGAAGACAUUGUGCGAAAAGUGAUGUACUUGUGCGUUCAGAAAAAUGAUAGUGAUAGUGUUUAGUAAGUCUCAAUAUUAUGGAAUCAUCAAUUCAGCUUUGUAAACUUUUUGCGAUGGCGACUGUAGUGAGACGCCGAAUUUGCCGUGCUGUGCCUGGAAGUGUGCGACAGCCUAGCUAAAUGUUUGAUCACCAGAAUUGAACAUUGAAGAAUAAAGUUA